AUGAGUAAAGUAGAUAGAAUCAUUAUAUGUCCAAGCUUCCCAAGGGGUUUCCAUUCUGCUUAUGUUGUUUCUCUUCUUCAUGAAUACUUUGACCAUUUACCGAUCAUUCUUAGAAGUUUGAUUUUGGAUUUUGGUCCUCUGCCAUUUCGGUUUUUCAAUUCAUGGUUGCUUCAAGAUGACAUUGAAGUUCUCAUUAAAAAAUUUGUAUCAUCCUAUGUAUCUAAAGGAGGGGGAAAGGCCGAUCUUAAUUUUAUGGAAAAGCUGAUAGAUUUAAAGAAUGACUUAAAAGCUUGGAGGUUAAAAGAAACCCACAUACAAAAAGAGGAGCUUCUGAUGCUAAAAAAUAAAGUUGAUGAUCUUGACAAGCUAGCUGACCAUAAACCAUUAUCAGAUCAUGAAAAUAAUGAGAGAACUGGUCAUCAAAAAAUCCUUGACAUGGAAACUAUAAUUAAACUAGACCUAAAGCAAAAAAAUUGGAUAAAAUGGUUGGUUGAUGACGAUAAAAAUACCAUAUUCUUUCACGGGGUUAUUAAUAAUAAAAAUAGGAAGAUCAAGAUAAAUGAGCUUCUAAUAAAUGCAGAAUGGGUCACUGAAGUUAACCGUCUAAAGCUUCAAACAUGGAGCUUCUUUAAUUUGAAAUUCAUUGAAUGCUUCCCAGAUCGACUAAAACUUAUCAACCAUAAUUUCAAGAAAAUUUCACUUGAAGACUGUAUUUUUUUGGAGCAGGACUUCGAGUUGAUUGAGGUGAAGAGUUCAAUCUGA